AUGGCAAAGUGGUGCAAUGUAAUCCUAAUGGUAAUUGCUUUAUUAGCAAUUAUUGAAAUGGGAACAACUAGGGCAAGAGAUUUGCCUACCAAUAAUAAUGGUGGUACUCUUACUGACCAAAAAACCUUUGGUCCUUUCGCUCCGGGAGGCAGUGGCGGCCUACCUAGCUUCGGCAUGCCAAUUGGAGGAGGAUCAGGGCUACCUAGUUUCGGUGGAAGCGGCGGGGGACUCCCGGGUUUCGGUGGAUUGGGAGGCUCUACUGGUGGGAAUAAUUUCUUUGGACCUCCUUCAACAACAAGUCCUUGA